GGGCGCUGCGGCGGGGCUGGCCGGCAUCAUGGCGGAGAGCCACUGCGAGCUGCUGCCGCCGGCGCCGGGCGGCCUCGGGGCGGGGCUGGCGGGCGGCCUGUGCCGGCGCUGCAGCGUGGGGCUCUGCGGCCCGGCCCCGCGCCCCGGCGGCGUGUCCAAGUGGGUCCGGCUCAACGUCGGCGGCACCUACUUCCUCACCACCCGGCAGACGCUGUGCCGGGACCCGAGGUCCUUCCUGUACCGUUUGUGCCAGGCCGACCCCGACCUGGACUCGGACAAGGAUGAGACGGGCGCCUAUUUAAUAGACAGAGACCCCACCUAUUUCGGGCCCGUGCUGAACUAUUUGAGACACGGAAAGCUGGUUAUCAAUAGAGACCUCGCUGAGGAAGGAGUGUUGGAGGAGGCAGAAUUUUACAACAUCACCUCAUUAAUAAAACUUGUAAAGGACAAAAUUAGAGAACGAGACAGCAAGACAUCGCAGGUGCCGGUCAAGCAUGUGUAUCGGGUGCUGCAGUGUCAGGAGGAGGAGCUCACGCAGAUGGUGUCCACCAUGUCUGACGGCUGGAAGUUUGAGCAGCUGGUCAGCAUCGGCUCCUCUUACACCUACGGGAACGAAGACCAGGCCGAGUUCCUGUGCGUGGUGUCCAAGGAGCUGCACAAUGCGCCCUGCAGCACGGCCGGCAAGCCCAGCGAGAAAGCCAAGAUUCUGCAAGAGCGCGGCUCGAGGAUGUGAACCAGACGGCAGCGACAGCCAGCAGACGUCCUUUCCCAGGAGGCAUUGCAUCACUGUGCCCAGCAGAUGCCAGGACAAGCCUGCUUUUGACAGUUUCUCUAGAGAUCUGGGUUAGAAUCUCUUUUUGCCUCUGAGCUGGGUGGUGAGAGGCGGACCCGCUGUGGAGGCCGGGCCUCGCGGCGCAGGAGGGGAGGUGGCGAGGGCCCGGCCCCGCACUGGCCUCCACUUCGGUUUCGUCACACGCCACGCAGGACUGACACGUGUGGAGUGAGUCUUUCGUUCUAAUUGCUGAACAUCCCUUAGAGGAAGACGUUUUUGGUGCUACUCUUCACAGUCCUUACGGGGCAGCCAGGCCUCCCGUGGGGCAUCGGCCACCCUGGGCGCCGGCCUGGGGCUGCUCGGCCCGGGCGCCACCUGCCACCUGCUCCCCCUGCGCCUCCUUCCCGGGCCCCGGCGGCGGCUCCUCCGCCACCUCCGCCACCUCCGCCAGGCCUCUGCCUCCUAGGCCGGGUCUGCUCCCAGCUGCGCUCCCGUCCCCCCGGCUGUGCCCGGAGAAGCCACGGUUUCUCCAUUUGUAUUUUCCAGGCAAGAGAACUUCGUAUCCCUUUUUCCCAGUGUGGAUGGACCACCACAUAUUUUUACUUUUUAGAAAUGCCUGAAAGUGUUGAUGCAUUUUGGAUUGAUCUGUUAAAUAACCUGAGGCAAGGGGAGCCUUGCCUUGUCCCAUAAACUGCUGGCUCGUGCAGAAGCAUCUUUUGGAGCCUUUGUCGUGCGCGCGGCUGCGGUGGGGGCGGGAAGGCUGCCACCGGCUCCCCGAGCCAAAACCCUGGAUCCCGUUGGAAAUUCCGGAUGUUUACACACACCACAACUCCCUCUUUCUUGCCAUUUUCUGUAACUAUGCAGCUUUCUAAGCUUUGGGAUGUUUGAGAUGUCACACGUUGUGCACAGGCUCUGCUCACCUGACAGAUGUCAAAGCCGCUAGGAUUUCUUUAGAAACCGCUGUCCUCACACUUUGAGCGUGGAUUUCACCUGGCUGGUGGCGGGACCGUGAGCGCGAGCAGCAGGUGCUUUCCUGCCCGGCGCUGCGCAGACCGACCGCGUCACGUUUCAGACGCUUCCAGAGACUUCUUCCUGUGCCCUCUCCUCCUCUGCCAAGUUCUCAGAUGCCUGGGACUUACCUCCUCCUUUUCGUGAGGUCUGUUUCUGUCCUUAAAUGUUUGGCGUAAACAGUUCAUUGAAAACCUUUCUAGAAAGCAGCUUUGGCCCCGGCCCCCACGAGCGCUGCCCCGGGAGGAGGUGGCCCUGCUUCCGGCCGCAGCGCGUCUGUGGGGAGCCACUGGCCACUUCGCACUGUUUGGUUUGGGGCCUUGACAUGACUGGUAGGCUUGUGGGUUUUUAAUUUAAAGAUACUAAGACUUAAUUCACUAAAAUUUAUUCUAAGGGGAUAUUUAUACUUUUAUACUUUUUUAGGUAUCUGUAUUUUAUCAACUUAAGGUUUAAUGCCUAUGUUUCCCCUGAAAAUAGCAAAUAAAACUGUAUUUAUGAAUGA